AUGACUUUAUUUGAUGCAUGCCGUCUCUAUUAGAUUGUGUAUUUUCUUUUAAAAAACAUUAGUAGUACCAAACUUUUUCUAGGCCACAGUAAGAUUUAUUAUUCAUGUCAGAUAACACCGAAACAAAGUGACACAUUGGUGCCAAAGAGCGUGUCGUCUGUUAUCCGGCCUGCUGCAAAUAAACUUAUCCAUGUCAGAGACAAAUUUCAGUCAGUAAACGAAUGAAUGACAUGAUAAGAUCGCUCUUUUAACUGUUGAAAUAUGACUGUAAAUCUAUGGGUAGUUGUCGCCUUGGCGGCUAUCCUACCCAAUGCUCUUCACACUGCUUCCCCAGCAAAGAAGCCCAAGUCUGUAACAACAUUAAUAAACUCAAAAUGGGAGGCCACUCCUUUUGCUCUCGAGAUUGCAGAGUACCUUGCAGAGGAGAAUCGGGAUAGUAUGUGGAGCUAUAUAGAUGAAGUCAGCUCUCUUUCAACACCAUUGGUAGAACAGGGAUCUGACCAAGUAGUUUAUGACAAAUCCCUUGCCAUAGCUAGUCGCUUCAUUUCAAACACUCAAAUUCAGCUCAUGAAGUUAGCCUUGUCACUUCAUAUAUAUGCUCCAAAGGUUGAAAUGUACUCCCAGAUGGCCCGGGAACAUGGCCUUGUUGACAAAGGUUGUCCUUGUGCUGCCUUAUUGAAUGGGAAACUCCUUUGCCAUUCAUCAGAACUUGAAGCCGUGAUUGCUAAAGAAACUGUCAAUCCUUCAACCAACAUAAAAAAUGGUGAAACAUACAGAGUUGACCACCAUUAUCCUGGUUCAGAAAAUAGGAGCUUAGUGGUCAUUUUGUAUGGAGAAAUAGGAACAUCUGAAUUUUCACAGUUCCACAAAGUCCUUAAAAACCAAGCAGUGGAAGGUAAAAUAGGAUAUGUUUUAAGACAUUAUGUCAAGGAAAGGCCCAAUCGGCGUCUACGUCUCUCAGGGUAUGGAGUCGAAUUGCAGAUGAAAUCAACAGAGUACAAAGCUCAAGAUGACACUGAAGUUAAAGGAGGUUCUGAGGGAGAGUCUCAGGAAGAGAAAGAAGAUGAAGAAAUUGAAGGAUUUAACUUUAAUACCCUCAAAACUUUAUACCCAGAUAAAGUAGAAAAUCUGGACAAGUUAAGACAAAACCUCCUUGAGUCAAGUAACGAGAUGGCACCACUGAAAGCAUGGCAGUUUCAAGAACUAAGUCUGCAAGCAGCAGAACGGAUUAUGAGCUCCCCUAGAGAGGAGGCCCUUCAAGUUCUCACUCACAUUGCUCAGAAUUUCCCUUUGCAGGCUCGCUCCCUUGUACGGACAGUGGUUAAUCCAGAAAUGAAGAAAGAGAUGAAGCAAAAUCAGGACCUGUUCUCCACUUCUUUGAACAUUCAACCCCAAGAUACUGCUAUUUUCAUAAAUGGAAUGUUCUUUGACCUUGAUGUUGUUGAUAUGAUCUCCCUUCUUGAAAUUAUUCGUCAAGAGCAGCGCCUCAUGCAAGGACUCCAUACCAUUGGUGUUUCAGACAAACGAAUGAAUGCUCUUAUGGCAUUAGAUCUUUCAUCUGGAACUGGAGGAACAACUGAAUACGGAAUUGACAUCAGAGAUUCGGCUGUCUUUUGGGCCAAUGAUAUUGAAAAUGAUAAAGUGUAUAAAAGGUGGCCAGUGUCAUUGAGAGAUCUUUUGAGGCCUACCUUCCCGGGGAUGCUUCGAAGCAUAAGAAGGAAUCUCUUUAACCUUGUGAUUAUAGCUGAUCCAUCUAAGCUAGACUCCUUUCCAAUAUUGAAAUUAGCAGAAUCAUUUAUUCAUCAUCAAUCACCACUACAUAUUGGUGUAGUACUUGCCACAACACCCGAUUCUGAAGCAACAGGGUUUACGGAUGCCAGUGUAGCCCUUUUAAAUGGUUACAACUAUGCUGUUGAAAAUGGGUCUCCAAGUGAUGGCCUCAGUUUUUUAACUGAUGUUUAUGCUGCCAUCAAGACUGAAAAUAGAAAUGUGAAAGUUGCGGAUGUUCACAAGAAAUUAAAGGCAAAGUACAAGGGAGUUGACUUGGAAGAUGUGUUCGGUCCUGAAUCCGAUUAUAAUACUGGCAGGAAGCUAGCAAGGGAGUUUGUGGAUAGAAGUGGACUUCGCAAGCUACCCCAAGUACUCUUGAAUGGAAUUCCUUUGCCAGAUAAGUCACUGACUGCUGAUGACUUUGAAGAAGCAGUUCUCAGUGAGAUCAUGUCACAAACUCCGACCUUUCAGAAAGCUGUUUACAAAGGCGAGCUGCGAGACAGUGACAAUGUGAUUGACUUCAUCAUGGACAGGCCAAACAUAAUGCCAAGGCUGAAUGAACGCAUUUUGAAUACAGAAAAUACCCAGCAAAUUGAUCUAAUGCGUACUGUUACCAGUGUGGAGGAGUCCAUCUCUCCUGAAGUGUUUUCACUUCUGGGCACUUCUGAUCAAUCUGCACUGAUGGUCUCAACCAUUCGCUAUUUCACUCCACGCAAACAAAGUAAAACAUACUUCUUAACUAAUUGGGUUGUGGCAGAUUUGUCAUCCAGUUGUAACAAAGGCAGAAAUUUGCUACAGUCAGCUUUGAAACAAAUGAAGAGCAGUGGCGUUGUGAGAGUAGGUCUUGUGGUAAAUCCCAGUGGUUCCAGUGGAGACAAUUUAUUGAACAGAGUAGCUUUGGCAGCAUUGAAAGUUCUGUCCCCUGAAGAAGCCACUAAUUUCAUGUUAAAACUGUUGGACAACAGUGAUGUAAUCAAACGCCUGUUAGCCGGUGAGAAGAAACUUGCAGAUUUAAAAUUAAGUGGUAUUGAUGUUGCUGCAAUUGAAGCUACAGCUGAUUCAAAACCAAUUAGAGAUACAAUGGAGAGGCACUUAAUGUAUGCUGAGCGCACACUUGGCCUUAAACCAAGUCAAUUGGCUGUUGUGAGCAACGGCCGUGUUCUGGGUGCAUUUGAAGCUACGGAAGACUUCACUGUUGAUGAUUUCUCCCUUCUUGAGCGGCACAGCUAUUCUACCCACAUUGAUAAAAUUAAAGGCGCUCUCCAGCCUGCUAGUUCUGUGUCUUUCUUCAGUGAAGAUGAUGAGGAAGAUGCAACAGAACUAACAAGUGACAUUGCUAUGAGAAUUGUCAGUUUAUUGAUCUCACAUCCUCAAAGCAGAUCCCGCUUUGAGAUUCCAACUUUUACCUCUGACCACAGUGUUAUUGACAUCCCAGCCUCUAAGCCUUCUGAACCAGCCCUUCGCAUCGAUGUCAUAGUGGAUCCAGUCUCUCGUGGAGCUCAGAGAAUUGGACCUAUUCUUCUCACAUUGCAGACUGCACUUAACUGUCGCAUCCGAGUUUUCUUAAACUCAGUUGAAAAAAAUAGUGACAUGCCUCUGAAGAGCUUUUACCGAUUUGUUUUGGAACCUGAACUGCAGUUUACCUCUGAAGGGCAGUUAACUUUGGGUCCUAUGGCUCGCUUCACAAAUCUUCCAGAAGCACCCCUUCUCACUCAGAACCUACAGGUCCCUGAAAACUGGCUUGUUGAGUCUGUGACAAGUCCUUAUGAUCUUGAUAACAUAAGGCUUGAGGAUGUAGUUGGCAAUGUGCAUAGUGAAUAUGAGUUGGAAUAUCUACUAUUGGAGGGUCACUGCUUUGAAGCCAUGACAGGAAAUCCCCCUCGCGGCCUUCAAAUCACUCUUGAAACUGAAAAUUCUCCAGUGAAAGUUGACACUAUUGUGAUGGCAAAUUUGGGAUAUUUCCAGCUGAAAGCUAACCCAGGUGCUUGGGUUCUGAGAUUACGACCAGGACGAUCAGCUGAUCUAUUUGAUAUUGUCAGUCAUGAUGGGUCAGAUACACCACCAAAUUCAACUGAUAUCAAGGUUGUUAUCAGUUCUUUCAGAAGUCAUGUUCUUAAAUUACGUGUUCAGAAGAAGCCUGACAAAAUGAACAUGGAUUUGCUGUCUGAAGAUGAUGACGGCAACAAUCCCGGUAUUUGGAAUUCCAUCACAAGUACUUUUGGAAGUAACCAAAAACCAGGUGAAGAAGAACAUGAAGAAAAGCUGAACAUAUUUUCUGUUGCAUCGGGCCAUCUAUAUGAACGGUUCCUACGUAUCAUGAUGCUUAGUGUUCUAAAACAGACAAAAACUCCCGUGAAGUUUUGGUUCCUCAAAAAUUAUCUUUCUCCCACCUUCAAAGACUUUUUACCUCAUAUGGCGAGUGAAUUUGGCUUUGAGUACGAACUUGUACAGUACAAGUGGCCAAGGUGGUUACAUCAACAAACUGAAAAACAGCGAAUCAUUUGGGGUUAUAAGAUUUUGUUUUUGGAUGUUCUGUUCCCUCUUGAUGUUAAAAAGAUCAUAUUUGUGGAUGCUGACCAGGUUGUACGUGCUGAUUUGAAAGAACUUCAUGAUUUGGAUCUUGGUGGUGCUCCAUAUGGCUACACUCCGUUUUGCGAAAGUCGUAAAGAGAUGGAUGGCUUUAGGUUUUGGAAACAAGGCUAUUGGAGAAGCCAUUUACAAGGACGUCGUUACCACAUCAGUGCCCUCUAUGUGGUUGAUUUGAAGCGAUUCCGGCGCAUUGCAGCUGGUGAUCGUUUGAGGGGACAGUACCAAGCCCUUAGUCAGGACCCCAACAGUUUAUCAAAUUUGGACCAGGAUCUUCCAAAUAACAUGAUCCACCAAGUGUCCAUAAAAUCACUUCCUCAGGAAUGGCUCUGGUGUGAGACUUGGUGUGAUGACAGUUCCAAACAGCAUGCUAAAACUAUUGAUUUGUGCAAUAACCCACUGACAAAGGAAGCCAAACUAACUGCAGCCAUGAGAAUUUUACCAGAAUGGAAGGGAUAUGAUGAUCAGAUUAAAAAAUUGCAGCAGAAAGUCCAAAGUGACUCACUAGAGGCGCAUUCAGAAUUUAGUCAGACACAGUCCAGUGACAAAUCUCAUACUGGGAAACAUCACACAGAGCUGUAAUAGAGAUCAGUAAAUACUACUAAGUUGUAGUCCUAAGCUGUCUGGUAUUCACAUCCAACUAAUGCAGAAGAGAUGAAGAGAUUAAGUUUUCUGGUAAAUUGAGGGCAAUCACACUAUUCUCUAGUGUUCAGAAUAUGGACUCUAUGAUUUUAUAUGUGUUUUUGUAUAUUCUGUAGAUAUAUAGCUGUUUUUCAUUGACUGCUGUUUGAGUUUUUUCUGCUCAUACCAUAUUGUAUUCCAUGCAACUAUGAAACUAAUAGGAUAAUUGUAUAAGUAUGUUAAAUAUCUGUUGAGUUGUGUAAUGUCGAUGUGCAAGGAAAAUGAAGAUCUCUUAAAUGUAUUGUUUGGUCAGUGCUUUAAAAGUAGUCAGUUUCCUUAACAAUGGUUUGUUUCAUAUUUCCAAACACCUGACAAGUAGACCCUCUAUGUAUGUUCAAUUGGUAUGCGAUUACAUGUCUUGUCUUUAUAAUUUGUUUCAAUUCUUGUCAGCCAGAUUGCGUUUUUUGUUUCUUUUACUGGAUAUCUCCACUAUUUGAAUCUGCAUGUACCCAAUGUAAAUGCAGCUCCUGAUGUGAGUGCCAUUCAUAGGAUGUGAACUUAUCGUGAUAUUUGUGGUGUAUCAAUCUUGUCAUCGUUUGUAAAAAAAUAUGUGAGCAAGUUGAGCACCUAGUAAUUAAGAAGUGGAUUUUUCCCCCUUAGAAGUAUCAAUGUUGCCACUAAUUCUGUUGGUAUCUGGUGCAAACAUGCCUCAAAAUGUGCUCAAAUUGGCAGACAGCAAUGUAGUACUUGUGUAAUUUCAUCACACCACUGAUGAAAAAAAUAAAUUGAAAUGUGCAUUGCUUUUGUUAUUACUGCACUGCACUUAUAAAACUUGUUGAAACAUUUUCUACUCUUAUUUUUGAUUGCUUAAUUUAUUACUGUAUUGGAAAAUCAGAGUGUUGAAGAUAUGGGGCAUGUCUUUCUGCAAUAUUUUGACAUUUUGUCUUUGCUCUCACUCUUCCAUCUGCUAUCUAUGAUGAUUGACAGAAUUUUUCAGAAUUUUUUGUGGUGUUGUGGAGAACCUAAAUUGAAUUAUUCAUAGGUUGUAAUUUAUUUUCUUACCUACAGGAUAUUUUUAAUGUGAUGCACUUAAUUUUAUCUGCAGGAGAACUGUGCCUGAUUAUUUGUGAUACAUUUUAAUUUACACUAGUGUCAUGGUAUGGGAUUUUGAGGACAAUGGUUAUAUGCCAGUCUGACUGCAGGGAUGCAAACGAGUGUAUCUCCCAUUGUGAUUUAUGUGAAUAAAAAGGAGAACGAA